CGAUGGGCCAGGGCAAAGGGACCGGUCGAACAGGCCCCAGUGAACAAGCAGCUGGUCCGAGUCUGUGCCGCAAUCGGCGGGGCAAGAGUUACAUUAGCAAUGGAACGUCGACACGUACGCUCCUGGCAUGGUACAUAUGGACUUGGGAAAUGGUGGGUGGGUGAUAUUCUCAAUGGUCAUAUGCGUACAUAGAACAGUAUCUUUGGAGCCAUUGACUGCGUAGAAACUAGUGUGGAGCGGUACUUUUGGCACAGUUGGUUGGAAGUCUCGCAGACAAGGAGGUUGUCUCCCAGGGGUCUUAAUCGACAGGGAAUGAUCCGGGAACAGGGACCAUCUGCUCCGCUGAAGAGGGCGG